AUGAAUGUAGAAUUGUGUCACUCAACAUUCGAAAAGAACCUGAUUCCAACAAAUUUCAAAGGCAUAGAAGAUUUUGUGCAAGCAACUGCCCACGGUAAAGCUCAAGAAGUUUUCCAAAGGCUAAGUGAACAAAAUACACCACCCGAUAUUGUUAUAGGGGCUGAUACAAUGGUCACUUUAGAUGGUAUGCUUUUUGGUAAACCCAAUUCUGAAGAGGACUCUUACAGCACACUCUCAAGGUUGUCGGGAAGAGUUUGUACAGUGUACACAGGAGUUGUAAUCAAAACUCGGCGCAAAAGGGUCAAGUUUUGUGACAAUACCAAAGUGCAUUUUGGAAAACUCACUCCGGCAGUGAUAAGAGCAUAUAUUGCAUCAGGAGAACCCAUGGACAAAGCUGGAAGCUUUGAAGUCCAAGGACGAGGUGCUGGUCUUAUUGAAAAAAUGGACGGUGAUUAUUUUACAGUUGUCGGGUUACCUCUACAUAAAUUAUGUGUCGAGUUAAAUUCUUUAUGA